UUUUUUCAAUUGGCUCAAAGUAAAAAAGAAAAUUGCCAACGACCAAAUGAAAGAAAGGAAAUGUAUCCGCUUAUAAGCGACUCUGAUCAAUUCUCACUCCACUGAUGCUGAGGAAGAUCGCAUGUGGAAUCCUUCGCCGUCAGUCCUCAUGUACACUUUCUCGGCAACGAUACUACGCUGGCAACCUCGCUGAACUAUCCGCUGCCCUGCAUUCUUUCACCGCUACCGGCGACCUCUGCGGUGGCGCCGCCGCUCAUGCCCGAAUCAUCAUUCUUCAUGAUCUCGCGUCACGUUCCUUUUCUCUCUGGAACAAGCUCCUUAAGCUCUACCUGAAUUGUGGUCAAUCCAGGGUUGCUCGCCGGGUGUUUGAUCGAAUGCCCGAGAGAGAUGUCGUUUCUUAUAACACUCUCAUCUCGGAUCAUAUUCGCCGUGCUAGAGAUCCCAUUGAAGCCGUGCUUCUUUACUCACAGAUGCUGGAGGAAGGAAUGAUUCCCAAUGGCCUAACCCUGUCAGCACUGCUCUCAGGUUACAAUGCUUGUAAGUAUCCUUAUGUACUGAUGCAGCUUCAUUCACAUUCGAUAAAAUUUGGGCUAAACUCUGAUGGGUUUGUUGGGGGAGCUUUGGUGAAUGGCUACGAGAGGAUUACCGGACUUGAGGAUGCCGUUUGUGCAUUUGAAGAUAUAACUGAAUUUGAUUCAGUCUCGUGGAAUAUAAUGAUUGAUGCCUGUGCUUGCAGUGGCAACAAAGAGAAAACUGUCGCCAUUUUCUUAAGAAUGAGGUCGGAGAGUGGUGGCGUCUUCGAUUGUUUUGCGUUGACGAGCGUCUUGAAAACUUGCUUGGAGAGGAGGGAUUUGGAGUUGGGCAUGCAGAUUCAUAGCUGUGCUUUGAAGUUUGGGUUGGACUUUGAUACGCCAGCUGGAAAUGCUCUAGUUACAAUGUAUUCUAGAUGUGGGGAAGGCAUCGAUUCUGCAGUACGAGUGUUCGAGGGAAUUCAGGAACCUAAUAUAAUAUCUUGGACUGCAAUGAUCGGUGCAUUGGCGCAAAAUGCUAUGACAAAGGAGGUGAUUAACUUUUACAGAAAGAUGCUUAGAGAAGGCAUUACGGAAAACGAAUUUUCCUUUGCUAGCGUUUUGCCAGCAUUCAGUGAUUUGUCCAGUGUUGAACAUGGGAGAAUGGUUCAUUCUAGAAUAUUGAAGUCCAAAGUUCAAUCAGAUGUUGGAGUGGGUAAUGCUCUUAUGGAUAUGUACUUUAAGUGUGGUAGCUUGGAAGAUGCUCGCUUGGUCUUUCAAACCAUGACAAGAAUUGAUGUAGUAUCAUGGACCAUAAUGAUUUGUGGCUAUGGUCAGCAUGGGAAGGGAAGAGAAGCUUUAGGGUUGUUUGAAUUGAUGAAAAAACAUGGAUUUAAGCCUGAUGGUGUUACAUUCCUUGGUGCUUUAUCAGCAUGUAGCCAUGGUGGUCUUUUAAAUGAAGGGCUUGUAAUUGUAGAGUCCAUGGUUGAUGAAUAUUGUAUAAAGCCUAAGAAGGAACAUUGCGCCUGUGUGGUAGAUUUGUUUGGUAGAGCUGGAAGGUUGAAGGAAGCUGAGAGGUUUAUAAAAGAAAUGGGUAUGGAAUCAGAUUCACUGGUAUGGGAAACACUUUUAGGGGCAUGUGAGAUGUAUGGAGAGAUGGAGCUAGGAAAGAGGUCAGCUGAUAAGCUUAUGGUACUUAAACCAGGAAAUAAUGGUCCAUAUGUGUCUCUCUCUAAUAUUUAUGCUGAACAAAAAAUGUGGGAAGAGAAGAGUAAGCUGAGGCAGAGAUUGGAUGCUAGUGGGAUGAGAAAGGAGGUGGCACAGAGCUGGGUUUGAGGUUUAUACGUUUAAUUUGCACAAGGGAAGGCAAUUUUCUUCCUCUCUAUACAUGACACUUGCCACACUACAAAAUAAAUGGAAAUGUGCUUUAUGGUGACUAAGGUGGACAGUGAACAAAGAUGCGUGACCUCUGGUUCAUACAUUGUUAAAAAUCUUAAACUUUAUUUAUUUCAUUUUUUUAGAAAAUAUUAAUCAAAUCAUUGACUGUACAUAACUGUGAAGGCAAAGGAACAAAGAAUAUGAUGGAAGGAGAAAUUAUCUAUUUUGAGGCUGAUUUGUCAUCUUUCAUGUCGGUUUGAACAGCUCCGCAAGGCACAAAGUGGAAGACUUUCUGCGUUCGGUCAAUUUAUAUAGAAUAAUUCGAUUACAAAGGGAUCUCAAAAGAGUUGUAGCCUAAUAGGUACUUGAAAGUGAUGCAGUUGCUUUGACUAUUGAAUGAUACCUAUGAAUUAGAUGAUCGGGCCGAGGUUGCUCCAUCUUCCUCCUGCUCUCCUUUUCCUAAUGCUCCACGCCUUGAGUCAUUAAAGCCUUAACAAAUUCAGAUGGCCUCAAUUGGCCCGAUCGCUUUACGCAUUGGCACUUUCAAAAGUGAUCGUCUUUUAGACUGCAAAUGGAGGCUCUCAGAUGCAUAUUGAUUUUGUUCUUUGAAGCAUGUAUUUUUAAGAUUUAAAUGAAUAAGACUCAGAAUUAAAAAUGAGGAAUUUGAUAAUAGUGACAAAAAAAAUUGCAUUUCAUCA